AUGCUUGACUCGCCCAAGCGAGCGGCGCCCAUCUUUUACAGGACACGGCAGCUGCUUACAAGGCUCCUGCCUUGGGAUCAUCGAGGGGGGAGCCGCUUCCUGCUUCGUCUCAUGGCGAAUUUUGCCGCUGAGAGGGCGUUGUUGGUCUCGAGGCUCCGUAGCAUCAGAUGGAUCAGCGUGGUCGUGGGGAUCGGGAACUUGGGGGUGUCCUCGAUCGGCGUGUACCUGCUGGCUUCGAUGUCUUCCGAGUGUUCUGUCGAGAAGAAGCUUCCAUUUGUCGUGGCCACCAUCGUCGCCGGCGUAAGGAUCAUGUCCAUGGUUGGCGCGGCAUUUGCCCAGAUGAAGACGGCGGCUAGUGUUGCAAGUUGCUUGUCUGAGGGAUCCAUUGCUGUCGAUGCGGUCGUCCGUCAUGAGAGACGGGUAAUCCGGCUUCCCUUCGGCUCCUGUCCUCUGUGCUUUCUGAUUUCCAGCUAAUAUAUUGGUCAAAAUUAAACUGGAUGCGCUAUCGAAUUCUGACAUGUUACAGGCUGCAGAAACCUAACAUUUGCGCUCACCAUUCCAAUAUAAUCAACUAAUGGAUUAGAAGGCUAACUCGGACAUGACAGCUUGAAUUGCAUUCUUUUCGGUCUGCGAUUAGCGUUUUGGAUUGUAGUCUUGAUUUUUUGAGGCAUCAACUGAUCCUUCAACUAGGUGAAGGUUCUUUGAAGCGUUGGAGGGCAUUUCGGGAGCUGAUAAGGCAGGGCGAUAUGGCAUAAGAAGCAGUGAGGUGAUCUGACCCUCUUACUGCAUCUUUGGUUAAGUUUCGGGGGUACUGAUGGCUGGUUUUAGAGGGAGUUAACUAUUUCAAUUACGAGCGUGGAAUCAGUCUCUACACGGCAAAUCAAUGGAAAUACUGUGAAAAAUAAGGGCACAUUAAUUGUUCCAAUGAACUUCCUUUUGAAUCAGGCUGAUUCAAGUAUGAGUGUCAUCUCCAGAUGAGAGGGAAUUGAGAUCAUGGGAUUUAUUUGUGAUUAUAAAAAAAUUAGAAAGAAGUGGGCAGCACUGUCACACACUCAAAAAAUGUUCUAUAUUACUCUCUGCCACGUGCAGGUUUUGCCUGCUUCACUCUCACUCGUCGUCAAACUUGAAAGUGGCAUGGUGUUGCAGCUAGUUUGUUGGAAUAAAAGAUAAGCCUAUAACAUUUGUUGGAGAAGUAAGGGGUUUAAUGGUCAUAACGGUAUAUUUUUUUAAUCCAAAAUGGAAAGCAAUCACACCUUAAGGUGAUUAUAGAUUAAGAGGUGCUGAGGUCUUUAUCUUAUUGAAUAAUUCCUACUAGGUACUGAAUUUUUUUGUGACAUCCUGUAUUUGGUGACAUGUUUCUAAGCAUCUUAUUGCUAUAAAAAAUCAAAAUAAAAUAAAAUAAAAGGGAAAUAAAGUUAAUGGAUGGAAAGGUCUGUAGUAUUUUGAUAAAGGGAAAUGCGAUAAGAUCCAAUAUUUGCUUCCAUGGUGAUUAGAAAUAUAUUCAAUUAUGUCUCAUUUCUUGGAUUGCUAGGUAUUUUCGGUUAACUUUUUGGAACACUUUUAGAUUCCAUAUCGACCCUGAUUGUAUAGAUAUAAAAAAAACCAUAGACGGCUUCCCUUUUGUCAAUGAUACCAAGGAACUAUCGAGUGAAUGGAACUGGGGUAUGUCUUUUAUUCUUAAAGUGAGUAUGAUAUAUGCGUAAAAUAUAAAAAAGGGGAUGUACGAGUACAUUGCUAAUGAGCAAUAAAAAAUGCCAUUUUUACAAGUCUUUGCUGUCUACAUCAAGUUGAUGUAGACUAAUCUAGACCCACUCCAAAGGUCCAUCCUUGUUGUAACCCACUCCCUCAUUAGCAGAAAUAAAUGACUUCCCUUUCUUCUGAACAACAUUGGUGUCUAAAGAUAUGGCUAUUCCAAACAAUGUAUGCAAUGGGGCCACUUUGAAGAACUUAAGAGAAUACACAGAAAUGGAGCUGCUACAUACAGAUUAUGCGAGUUAUAGAGGAUGCUUGAUAGGUUGAGCACAGUGGUUGAACUUUAUGAAACUGAAUUGAUUGGUUAUGCAGUAACGUGGUGAUAUUCAUUGGUGAAAAUUGUGUCAAUAAAUCAUUUGGAUCAUAAUAUCCUUCUUGAUUCUUGUUUGCCAUCUCUGGCCCUGUGUCUUGAUUGCUCACAUGCCUUUGUCCGAGUUUCGAAGAAUGUUGGUGAGAUUGCUAUGCGGCAUCUGGAAUACAUAUUUUAAUCAUUAGGAGAAAGAGCAAUUGUUAUGAACCAUUUUGUACGUUAUUUAAAUAUCGCCUUCAUGGAAAAAAAUCGCCACUUUGAUAGAGACGGUUGUCAAAAUGUUGAUAACUUCUAUACCAUCUCUUAACAUUGUGUACCUUAGCAAGACGGCCAAAACAUUUAUAUGGCAAUGGUAACUACCUUCUACACUAUUCAUCGUUGGGUCAUCAAGAACCGGUUUGUUUACAAUGGCUAUGGUGCAAAUCCUUUGCUAGAUAUCUGUCGGAUUAUCCUUUCCAAAUAAUACUAAAAGCUACACUUUUAUGUUAUUUUGUUUUUAUCGAAUUCUUUCUUGAAUCUUUACACAUCUAUUGUUAUGAGACCUGGCUGUAUUGUCUUUUCUUAUCAGGUUAGGUACAAACGAUGGCUGUGGUGGACUAGAUUUGGGACGGUUAUUACUAUGUCACAGAUUGUGGGGGCACUUUAUUUAACAAUCAUAACUGUUAAAUACUUAUCGUAUAAUACAGAUUCAGUGGCAUGCUUUUUAGGUAAAGGACGUUUCUACCUAUUUCUGUAAUUAUCAUUUGCAUUAAUAUUUUUUUAUGAUAUGCUAUAUUCAUUAUGGAUUUGAUCAAAUAAUUUUAAAGAAACUAUUGCAUAGAAAACGCAGUUGGGCUAGGCCAAAGCUGGGAUUGGAAUCAGCAACAAAAAAGUGGAUAACUGUUGAACCAUAAAAAUCAAUGUGCUUUCAAAUGUCCCUUUUUCUUCUGUCGGAUUUAUUUCUCCUCUUUCCUUUAAUCAAAAUUUUACAUCACCAAAAUUGGGCUCUGAAUUGUUUAGAACUAUAUUGCUUCUCAUAUUCAGUGUUUUUUUAGUUUUUCCUUUGCAUUAAAAUAACACUCUACAAAGAUAUUCACUGUGAAUUUCCAUCAGGGUUUGUAUCCAUGGGCGAUCUUGGUACACAAUUACCAAAUGUGUUUCCCGACCCUCCAUGUGCAUUGGUCUUAAUUUGCGUGCUCUUUUCUGUGAUUACUGAAUCGACUUCCUCUGUGGGUCAUUACCCGAAUUCUAGAUGCAUGAAAUUUUUCCCUCAGAUAUUCAGUUGGACACAACUUGUACAUGUCAGUUGAAGCAACUUCAGUUUGGCAGAGCUCGAGACAUUGAUUGAUAUUUUUUACCUCGAUGGUGGAUAUGCCAAUGCUGAGUUCAUUUGAUCCCUUGGAGUAUAUGAAAGUCGUGUUUCAUUUUCUAUCAAGCAUGGUCACACAUGACAUUAAUAAAGAAACAUGAAUUUGAAGUAUGUAAAGCUAUAGCUUCACUUACCAAAUCCCCAAAAAGCUACCAUUGAAAUAUCUACAUUUUAAAAAUAGAAACCAACUGAUGCCCAACCAUGCACUAUCUGAUGGUGUCUCCAUAUUCCAUCUCCCCAAAUAGCAGUAGCCAUGCUUUCCCCAAAUCUGGGGAACCACUUUCAUUGUCAUGCUUUCUCCCAGUCUGUAGAACCACUUAGAAAGGACUUUUUAAGUGUUGAAGCUUUCUUCACUAACAACUUCGUAUGCUUCUCAAUUUUCCUUUUAUCCUUAGGACUCCUGAAUAUUCCAUCAUUCCUCCUCAUCUUUGUAUAAGAUUGCAUGAAUCGUCAUUCACCGUUUUUUUUUAUUUUCUUUCACAUUUGAUUCCUACAGGUCUUCAAUUCUUGUGGGCUAGCUGAAGGUUACCUGCUUUCUUAUCUAUAUGAAGACUGGGAAUUUCUGGUAGUGAUAAUUCAAGAUCCUGUGAAUCAUAUGUAGCCUAAUCUUCUUGACUGGCGUGAAUUCAGUUCCAUCUCGAGAUUGUAUAGACACAGUUUGGCCACCCAUCCUAAGUCAUGCUAGCCUCCUUAGUAUGCCUCUUUUCUAUGGGUCUGUUCAUCAAAACUUUCAGGAAUCUAAUUAGUCAGUCUCACAGAGCUAUGGAUUGAAGACAAUCGGUUCUCCUUUCUCAUUGAUAGCCGAGAUCUUAAACCAUCUUAGAGAUCAAGAUGUAUCAAAAGUUAUUUUCUUUUUAACAGAAAAACAUACACGAUCUUGUGUAGGAGGGAACUGAAAUUAAUCCUCCAUGGAUAGGUCCCUAAAUGCUUCUACCUAUUCAACUAGGAUAUAGGCGGCAUGAACCUUCUCAUUAUUUAUUGAUCUAGUUCGUUUUUAUGUGACACUUGCGUUGUUCUGAUGUCGUCAGUAGGAUUUCUUUAUGGGAAAUAAAAAAACGCAUGUGAAAUAGUACUUUGUGUACGAGUUUCUCAUUUAAUGUGGAUAAAAACUAUUUGAUGGAAAACUAGCUGCAUAAUUUCUAAUAAUGUUGUACUCCUGAGAAUUCCACUAUUUGUGUACGAAUUUUCCCCUAGCAUAUCUUGAACUACACAUUAGGUCUUUUUAUCUAAUGUAUAGGUGCAAGUUAUUUGUCUUUGGGACCUUCUCGCGUCAACACAUAGUGAGUUAGAUAUUUCUUCUUGUAACUAUCUCUUCAUGUAAAGAUCAUUCUGCUCUCUUGUAUUGCUCUAACUUACCUUCUCGUUGUUGCUGUAUUUACAAAGAAAAACUAAUGCCUCAUUAGAGAUUUAUUCAUCCAGCUAAAUAAAAAUUAUGUUCAUAAAGUUUUAUUUCCGACUUCUUCUUGGAGGAGUUUGAUUUACUCUUAAUUUGUAAUGUGAAUUCCUGUACUGGAUUAUUAACCACUUGGAGUAAUCUUUCUUGUCUAUUUCAUAUAUGAAUCUUCCUGUGAUGGUUAGAGAAACAAGGGAAAAUCAAUUGGUCGCACACAGAUAUUUUUCUUCUCAUAUCUGGGUUUUGAGAGUUUUCUCUAUUUGUUGUUCUUUGUUUUACCUCCUAUUAUCCAACAAAUUCGUGCAGUUGUUGCCAACUUUUGUCCUUAAUUUCGUAGAACAUGUUGCAGAAAUUCGUCCUUUCUUCGACUGUAUAUAAUGUCUUUGAAUGUAAUCGUUUAUGCAAGAAAGAUUUUGUAUUUCUAACCGCAUGCUUUUCCGUCUAUGACGAGAGAUUUUCUAUGUAUGUAUGCAUGUAUGUUAUGUCCUACUGAACGCCUUAAGUAUACUGAUAAAAUACUAUUCUAUGUCAGAAAUUGUCUCUCUUACGAAUUGAAAUAAAAAGGACUGCAUGGUAGAGUCUUACCAGUUACUCACCCGAUAAAGAUGUUUAGUGACAUUCACUUGUUAUGAUUCAGUGCAGAAAACGGAGAGAAGCUGGAAACGGGGUUUAAUCAUUUUCUUCCCUAUCUUGGUCUGGGGUGUGGUUAUCCUCCAAUGUUUUACAGGUUCUGAUGUUCUUAGAUGGAGGUCAUUUUAUGCAACUCAUGAUACUGCUUGGAAAGCUCAUUAUCAUGAAGUUUUUGAUCAUGGAAUCCGAGAGGCUUUAUGCUGUCUGGGUCGUGUUAAAUACUUGUAGGGUUCCCUCUCCAAUAACUUAAACUAAAGGUAGUCUAUUUUAGAUUAUUUAAUUUUUUUAAUUUUGUUUCUACGCAGGAGUGUCUUGGAGGAGGAUGAAGUUUAUUCUGUGGCAAGACUGUUGGGUGAUCUUGUUGCAUAUAGGGCAUCAGGCACUGGUCAUCUAGAGCUUUUAGCAGGUUCAGUUCCUUCACAGAAAAAAAUAAUCCGUCUUUGUAGUCUGAUUAUUUUAUAUACUUUGUUUUAUCCUUUAUUUAUCAUGUUACUUUUCACCUUAAAUAGUGAUCCUGACUGUCUUACAUCUUCACACAUUUGUAUGCAUUUAUUCUUUAGGCUGAACAAAAAGCCUGCACACCGUUUCUAUUCUCUGUCUAUCAGAGGACCUGCCCAGAUUUUUCCUGUGUUGACCAGCUGCACGAGACUGUAUUGAACAUUCCUGUCUUGAUCGCAACAUUUCUAAUGCUAAAUCCUUAUAAAUGAGUAGAAGUUCGAGGAAAAUCAUCGAUUCAACUAAAUUCUCUAGUUGUUAUCCUCAUCUGAAACUCUUUGGUUUCUCUCUUUACUGUCUCCUGCGAAUUCAUUCUACUUUGUUAUAGCACCUAGCAUACCUUCAUAGUUUCUUUGCAUCUUCUUCCAGUGGCAGGGACUCGUUUCUGUUGAGAAACAUAGGUUGAGUAGGGAAUUGUAUAGAUAGAGGAAGGUUACCUUUGUCUCAGAGGACAGAGGGGUGGAACGUUGGAAAUCGCCUCACUCUGCAUUGACCUUUAUCACCCCUUAAUAGGGAGGGAAUCUUAAUUUGAUCAAAGUGCUCUCAGACUAUUACAAAAUUAUCCCCAUAACAUGAUCACUAUUUAGAUCUCUAACACUCCCCCUUAAGAGGAACUUUGAAAAAGUUCAUCUUGGAUGGUAACUUUGAAAAGUUCAUCUUGGCUAGUAAAUAAAUAAGAUCAACAAACACAAAGGUCGAUAUUAGGGAGGCUGAUAUUUCCUCCCUCAAAAUUGAUAGCUUUAUACCUAGAUACAUUGGUGAUGAGCAUGCUGUUGAAGACGUUGUCAAUGAAUAUGCUGAUGGUGAACUUGAGGAUGAAGAUGUCGUUGAUGAUUGCACUGCUGAUGAAGAACACACCUUGAUUAACACAGACAAAACACUGCCAAUCAACCUCACCUUGAAGAUGAAUACACCAUCACAGAAAUCAAACGACUGGAUGAAGAUGGAUUUGAUGCCCUCUAGACCAGAGGGCUGACAUCGAACCUAGAUUCAUUCGCUUACCUUGGGAUUGGAAGGCUGCGACGGCUCUGAUGAACAUGGCUCUCCGUUGGGACAGGAGGAUGGGAAGAAUAGAAAGAAGACUUCAGCGGAUCUCUCAUUAUCUUCCUCUAAUACCCAAUGUUAUGAUGAUAGAACAGAAUGGAGUAGACUGGUUGUGGCGUAGGUAAAAUGUCCUCAGGUAGAAGAUGAAGGUGGAUGUGGAGAUGGCAAAGGAAGCUCGACUGCUCUGAUGGAAAGAAGUGAUGAUAACCUACCUCUUGAGGAUGACGAGAAGUAUAUCGAUGAGGAGGAAAAAAGCUUAGUAGGCAAGACCAAGGACAAACAAGACUAGCGAGAUAAUAAGGACCAAGGAUGAAGGAACCUGAUUCUGACGGAAAGAGGGGAUAAGGACCUAGCGAGAAUGGUAGGCUGAGGACAAAAAGGACUUCGCAAGAUGAUAGCGGCAGUAGCAAUGAAAGUGUUGGGGAGAGCUCCUUUGCUAGACUAUGACGAUGCAAGACUGCCUCAUUGGACAGUGAUGCUGGACUGCGCCGGAUAGCACGGGAUGAUGUUGAGCUGUGUGGGACAGUGCCAGACGCUGUAGGAUACGCUGGAGUGUGCCGAGGAUGGCGCAGGACGGUGUGGAACAACGAUGGAUGUGCCGGACGGCAUAAGACAACGCAGGAUGACAUUGGACUAUGCAGGACGUAGUGGUACUGACGCCCUAUCAUCAUGGGACCGCAUUACUGCCGUUGUAGGACCUUGUCGCUGGCAUGGGACCUUGCUGGACGAAGAUUAGAUCUCUUGAAGUUGGAUGGUGAUGGUGAACCACAGCGACUCCCACGGGAAUAAGCUCUGAUACCAUGCUGAGAAACAUAGAUUGAGUAGGAAAUUGGACAGAUGGAGGAGGGUUGCCUCUGUCACGGAGGACAGAGGGGAGGAACGGUGGAAACCGCCUCACUCUGCAGUGACCUCUAUCACCCCUUAGAGACUGAACCCUACAUAAUUUUGAUAAAAAACCUCAGGCUACGAUAAAUUUUUUCCCAUAACUUGGUCACGAUUGUCUCUAACAGUUUCUAGUGUCAGAAAGUUAUAAAUAAUCACUUUUUAUCUCCACUUUAGGAUAUAACUUAUUUCUUCUGCAGCCUGGCCUUAGUGUGGGUUAACAUGGAACCUACAGUUUUAAAUCUUGUAAUUCUCAUCUAUUUAUGAAUGUUUCCAUGAUAGAAGUUGGUUGUUUAGGUCUCGCUCUACUACAGAGGCAAAGACAAAUUUCAAAUUUUGGUAAGGAACCUGUGGAGGCACCAGAAGCACUUAUUCAAGAGGCUGCUGUGUUGCAUCAAUUCGCUGAAGCUGCCUACACGGUUGUUUUCUUGAACUUGCUUUUAUGUCUCAUAAGAUAAUGGUAUUUAUUUGAUUGUGUUAUCAUACAGGGCCUACUGCUUGAUUUUGGGAGGAAUCCAAUUUUUUUUCCAUGUGCAUGGCUCUAUAGGCAGGGAGUUCUAACUCCAUGGAUGCGCUGCAGGUAUACUUUCUAUUGAGUCGUGAAAUGCAAUACUUCCAUCAUACCGCAAAUGUUUUUUGCUUUAGGUGCAUAAACUCGCUAAUUCUCAAUGUUUUUCAAUAUUUUGCUUUGUGGCGUAGCAGUUAUGACUCAAUAUAUGUCUGAUAGUUGCUCGCCUUAGAGCAUGUGUCCUUCUUAAGCAAAGAUUCGCUCCCCUCGCUCGCUGCAUGAACAUAACCUAUGAAUCCGAGAAUGUAACCUUUUACCUCUUCAUUGAUGUGAUAGUACUUCCGACAGCCAUCUCCUGUCAAAAAAUUACCACGGACUGGAACUUGUUGCCCUCUUCUAGACGGCUGAUCAGGCAUGUCACCCAGAAAUCUUCUAAAAAAUAAAUUGAUCUUAGACAUAAAUGAUCCCUGAUUAAUUGCAUGUCAUUUUAUAACAGAGAGUGCAUUAAAUAUUUCAUUUAAUAAAAUUCAUGUAUUUUUUUAAUUCCUAGGAAAUAUUAUAUUGAUGAAAUAUUGUCAUGUGACUUGUGUAAUGUCCUGAUUGGCAUUUGCUUCUAGUCAUAUAGUUUGUCAUCUUCACAGGCGUCCCAUGCUGGAAGGUGAUAAUUGGUGGCGAGGACAUGCAGCAGCUUUUCUAAAGUAUGUCAAUAUGCCACCGGAAGUCCUUCGACGAGGUCGUGUUUCCCAAGUAAGAUAAGAGUGGCUGGGUCACAUUUGCUGGUUCACCUAAGCUGUGUCAUCUUAGAACUCUUCCUGCCUCAUGUUGUAAUCCCGGAGAUCCCACGCACCACACACCAGAACUUCAGUUUUGAAUACUUUUCCAGUAACUUCCUGCCAAAACAUUUGAUAGGCUGAAGUUCUCUUAACAUGUCUCUUUCAGAUUCACGGUUUCUUUCCUGUACUACGCGAAACUUGCCUAAUCCAAUGAACUUCUCCCAUUAGUACCUUUUUUUCUGGAUUUUCUUCCACUUCGCUGCUGUUAUAACCAUAACAUGCUAAUGCCCAUCUACUUAUUUCGUCAUCUCAGCAAUAGUUAUAAAGCUAUCUAUGUGGUUUUGGAAAUUAUAAGAUCUGAGAUCAAAGAACUACGAAUAAUUCGUAUUAGAUGAAAAACAACCUCUAGAACGGAAAUAACAAAGAUAAAGAACAGUAAAAGAACCCAGAACAGAUGGAGGGUCGCAUACAACCCUCCAGCCAUUAUUGUAGAUGCACGACAUACUAAAACUGGUUUUCCUUCCCCUCCUCCUUUCCAGCUCCGCCAUUCCUUAUAUCCUCUCCUUUCCUUUCCUCAUUUAGGCAGUUAGUCUCCUGCCAUAACCGCUCCUUCCCAUAACGCUCCUUGCCAUAACCGCUCCUUGUCAUACUGCUCCUUGCCAUAACUGCACCUACCCUCAAUCAUGCUGUCCAUUAUUGACUUAUUGGGCUUUGGGCGUUCUUCCUUCUAGCAUAUGUGCGUGGAGCCUUAUCAGAAAACCUAUUUUCUUUUAUAUUUUGAUUUCGCAACCCUCUGGCUGCAUAUAAAAGGCGCUGGUUUCUUUUGUUUCCGACCUUUGUUUUUGUGAUUCCUGUCCCUAAAACUCAAGGGAAUAUCCUACUUCUAUUUGGAAAUGCUGACUGCUCUUCACCGAGCAAACAUGAAAGCUGGAAAGCUAAUCUCCCCGUGUGGUUAGUCCAAGUGACCUACCCCACUUUGAUUCAAUCAGAUAUCUUAAACAUGGUUUUUCCUGUAUUGUUCAUCUUUUUCUCCGAUUAGAAAAAAAGAUGAUAUCCGUGUGUUGUCCAGCAUCCAUUUGUCGUUCACAAAAUCUUAGAAAAUCUUCUUCACCAAUUUUUGAUAGGUAAGACGUGAGGCAGCGUACUUCAUUGUGGUUCUGCAUCAUGUGAAAACAGUUGUUAUUGCUGUACGUGGGACAGAGACUCCUGAAGACCUCAUAACUGAUGGUUUAUGUAAGGAAUGUGUGCUUUCAGCUGACGACUUGGACGGCCUGUUACAGUAACGCUCUCUCUCUCUCUCUCUCUCUCUCUCUCUCUCUCUCUCUCUCUCUCACGCACUGAUGAUCUAGCACUUCUGCGUGUACUACAUUGACAUCAAUAUAAUUUAUUUGUUGAGCGAAAGAGGGAAUAUAAUCCUAAUGGCGAGAAAGAAAUAUAUGGAAUUAAGUGAUUUUCUUUAUAAAGCAUGAAUCACAAGAAUUUACCUUUCAUUGGAAAUAGAUCCAUCUAGGAAAACAUUGUCUCUUGUUUCUUCUAUUUUGUCUGUGAUAUGGGGAAACUCUGGCCUGCCUCACAACAUUACCAAGGUCGAUAAUCUCUUUUUGAGGAACAUGAACACAGUAUAAUAAACUUCCCUGUGAUAGUCCUAGCAAGUAUUUGGUUAUGUCCGGUGUAAUUUGAAAUCAACCAGAUCAUUCAUCUAAGCAAUACUAGACAGGAAGCGAUUCUCUUCAUUCCGUGUGGCGAUAAAAUUUUAUGUACUUGAACAUCCAUGUAUUUGUUUCUGCUCCUUUCUGUGCUAAUAAUCUACCUUUGUGCACCUUUAACAUAUGACCAUGUAUGUACAAAAUUAUUCAGCCUAAACUGUAAAUCCUUUGGCUUUUUCAGUAGUGAUCACUUGCCAUCUGAGGUGAGGCAAGGAGUUCUCUCAUCUUUUCCACACUAUGGGCAUUCGGGGAUUGUGGAAUCUGCUCGAGAACUUUUCAUACAAAUUGAUGGACAGCCUGGCAAUGAAGGUCAGUGGUUCAGUUCAUGGUAAAAUUGUCUCCAUUGGUUCAUACCUUGCCUUCCUAUUUUUUUCCUUAAUUGUAAAAAAGUUAGCUCUAAACUUGGAACUUUCUCCAUGGAUGUUAAAUAAUGUCAACGUUGCACAAUGCUACGCGAUUAGCAUCUUGAACGUGGUUUAUUAAUUCUAUCCCAGAGGCAGUUCCUGUUGCCGGUUAGCCAAUCAUUAAAUCCUCUCCCACUCAUACAUUUGAUUUAGAAUCUUGAGGAACAGACUCCAAAGAUCAAAAAGCAAAAUUUCUUCAUUUCAUGCUUCAAUUUCACUGAAUUUUGUGUCUGUAAUCGCUGUUUAUACUUUUUCAAUAAAUAAAUAAAAUUAACCUUAGACUGUAACCUGGAAGAGAGACAGAGGGAGCUUGGCUGUUAAAACAUCUUUGUAUUUCUGUGCGAGUGUUGAUGGACCGUCUUUUUGUUUGUUACAAAGAAAGGACAGACUUAAUAGUUAUUACUUAAUGUGCAUGAUCAUUCUCUUUAUCUAUGCUAGUGGAAGGUGGACAUUUAUUGUUAAUAUUUUAACACUUUAUGAUGGUUUCACGAUGCUGAUCUGGUUUUCUGCGAUCCAUGACAAAGGAGUUUGUAAUUAUUGGUAUAAUUAUACCAUGGAGAAUUAAAAUUUCGUGACAGAAAAAUAUUAUUCUUAAUCCUUUGGAAGACCAUUUGUUGUUCAAAGUGCUGUUGAGGAAAAUUACAACAGUCAAUGGGAACUUUGGAAAAAGUUUUCUUUAUAAUGCAUUGAGAUACCACGGAAAGAAUAAUUGCAAACAUUUAUUCUGAAUUUGGAAUUUGGUGGUUGGCUGUACAAGGGUCUUAUGUAGCUGUGCACUAAAGGUUUGAAAGAUGCUAGGACGAAUUUUAAUGGGUUUUAACUUGGACAGUUCAUCUCGAAAAUUAAGUACGUGGUACCUAAGGUUGCUGCAAAUAAUGAGAACCAUGGUGUAAGAUUGCUUUCGUUUGUCUAAAAAGCUGACAUGUCUUCUCCACGCGGUUUCAUUUAGUAUUUCACCUUGCAAUGGGACAUCUGCACUGCCUAUUCAUUGCAUCUGGUCAUGAAUUUUGACCAACUGCCAUAUUUGGGUAUAUUCUAAUGAAUAUUUUUCUAAAAUCGUAAAGUUCACUAUGCCAAUGACACCCAAAUGAUGAACCAUAAUUAACAAAUUGAAUAUUUAGUUAUCUAGUAAAGUAUGGCAGCUUUUCAUGAAUAUCCAACUUUGUAUCAUUCAAUUUUGGUUGCUCUAAGAUCUGGUGACUAAUAAUCUUCUUUGGAGGCUGAAAAUCUGCGUCGGCCAUCCAAACUUGUCUCGGCUGACGAAUCUUAGUGUACCUAUCUCUGAUCUAUAAAUAGUUGCAUCAGCAGCAUUCGAAUCGAAAGAGUACGGGCGGUUAUCAGCCUUCAUUAUUUCUACUGAAUAGUCUUCCUUCCAAAAGACGAGAAUGUGGUUAAGUUAUGAGGGAAUAGUUGGAGUUAGAUGAGGUUUGUAUGUGGAUCGUGUUGUUGGAUUCUUUCAAGUCUCCUUUUUCACCUGAGCAGUAGGGGUGGAUUGUUAACUGACCUUAAUCACCUAAAUAAGCAUCUUUGAUGACGUAUUAAGGACCGCAAUUGAGUUGAAAUUAAAAUGAUAUUGAGUUCGAUUAGUUGUUGAUUUAUAUGUUUUCCCCUUCAAGUUUUUGAUAGAAUCCAUGCCUCCGUGAAAAACAAAUGAUGAUUAUGGUCCUGUCUUGCGGAUGAGAUUUUCAAAAAAAAAUUGUUUGUUAACGAGGCGUAAUGACCAUUUACCAAACCUGCCUAAUUCACUGUACUGUGAUAUGUGAUUAGGAUCCGAAUCUGAGUGUGCACACUGCAAUUUGAUGAAUGACGAAUAUUUUGCCAAGUAAAAUGGUGGAAGCCUUAUUUUUUUCUUUCCCUCUCAUUCGAUUAAUAGAGACCAGCGUUUAUAAAUAUAAGGAGCCGUUUGUUAUGUUAUAAAUAUGACGAGUAACCCAAUAAAUUGACCGUCCCGUGCAUCUCAGUCUACAAGAGAAUGCUGCUCACGGCUACUCAUUAAUCUGGGUGGUUUAGAGGCACAACAUUUUGGUAAACAUUUGUGGACGAUAGACAACUGCUGUGUACCAAGGGUUACUCCUGUCCAGAUUAUCAUCAUUUUUCCAGCGAUUUCAAAGUCACAUUUAGGAUACCAUUCACAACCAAAAAUUAAAAUGGUGUGUUUCAGGUCCCUGGAAGAAUAGCAAUAGAAAAGAGAGAAGAAGAAAAUUCUGGAAUAGCUUGGAGCUGGUUGUCUCUGCUGAUGGUGAGGUGAAAACUAGAUAGAAAUAUGGCAUUGGUCAAACUGCCAAUUUUUCUGUUGCCAUCACCUUCUCCAAAUCUUUUAUCACCCCUUCUAAUUUCCUACCGGAAUUCUAUGCCUUCACUAAUGUUUUUCUUUCCUCCUCUCCUCUUCUCUGCUCUACCAGAACAGGCUGAUUAAUUAGUCAGGAUGUGAACACAAAGUUUUCUUUCUAAAAAAAACCUGACAUAUUACGUGUGAUAUGUGAAGGUUCCUGCUGUUCUGUUGAUAAUAGAUGAACCAAAAAUCAAGAUUCACCAUCGUAGGUUUGUGGUCAUACUUGCAAACCUUAGGGAUAUUUGUUAGGUGAUAACUUACUGCAGUAGCUGGAAUUUGAAUCAAUAAUUUUCAUUUUUUUUCUAAAGCAUAAAGGGAUGUCUAUAUUUUUUUUCGUAUUUAUUUAUAAAAGGAUUUAUGAACAAGAAAAUAAAUAUCCAAAAAAUAUUAUAAUUAUAAAUCUCACUAUUCUAAGCCUUCCUACUCCAUUUCCUCAAACCUGCCCUCAUUUUCCCCAUUCUGAAGUGGGCGAAGAUGGGGAAACAGUGCUGUCUGAAGGCUGGUAGUUGGCAAUGUGGCAGGUAGUGAUGGUGUUGGAAGAUUUGGAAGUAGGAAUCGCAGCCACUACAGAGCAGGCAGAGAUGAUGGUAGAUAAGAUUCUCGAUUGACUGUCGUGUUCUGACUCAUGCUUAUCAACUCUACUUAUAUAGAAGUUGGUGUGCUUCACAUGCAGAUCAGUUUGGUCGAAAAAUAAUUGGGAGUAUUUGCGUGGAAGCCAAUAAAAUGUCAUGCAUAUCACCCAUCUCCAAGCAGCAACCAUCGCCCCCUGUGUAAUCUAUGGAUUUGUAGACUUCUAUUCUUGAGGAUGAGAACUCAUUACCUGAAAUCAGAUCAUGGAUCAUUCGGUGAAACUGAACCGGCAAUAUCUUUGCAAAGUAUUUUUCAUUUGUGCCUUUGAAAUGUCGUGCUCUAUUAUGAUUGACAAUUGGAUUAAUUGAUGUGCUAUAAUUACUUUGAUUAUUAUUCAAGCUUAACCUUUUUCUCAGGUUCUACAAUUCAGUGUAAGUUAUACAAUCGUGCAUUUCCUGCACUAUUUUUUUCACGAUUGCUUUCUGUGCAUAAUUUGCAGAUGCCUUCCCUUCUGAAAGUGGUGGAUUUCUUUCAUCACUGCUUGGAAUGGGAUGUGAAUGCCAGGGGUACAAGAUCCGUAUUAUUGGACAUUCUUUGGGAGGUGCUGUUGGCACAAUGCUUGGAAUAAGGGUGAGUCCUGUGUGCAUGCAAACUUUUGUACAUUUUGUAUUGACAUUAAUUAUAUUGAUUGUAUCAUAAGUUGUUGCAUAUGUUCAAUUGAUUGCCAUGUUUCUAUGUAUUCAUCAUAGAGUCAAUGUCCUUCAAGAAAAAUAUUAUUUUGAUCUGAGGGUUUUAUAGAAAAAUAAGAUCCAAUGAUAUAUUUUUUUUGGCAGCUCUGGAUAGACGACGGCCUGACUAUUGAGAAGACCGGGAUUCUGGACAUUCAUUUUCCAAUUAUAGUUUAAAUGAGAAUUGAAAAUAUCUUGAUUUAGAAAUAAUUGUUAUAGAGUCUUUGGCGUUAUGGGGUGAUUAUGAACCAGUUAUAAUUGAAAUUUACUUUAAUCAACACAUUAUGCACCUUUCUUCUUCUCUGCUACCUGGUGUCCUUGAGGGCCCCCUUAACUAAAUCGAAGAGUUGUAAAAAAACCGUUCUCCGUGCUGGAACUAUCUCUUACAUCAUGGCCGAGUUUGUUUCUGGGAGUGACCGGAUUGCCAUGUCAGAGAGCAAGAUUGUUCAUGUAGGUAGUAUUGUGUGGUUUUGGAGAAUCGUUCCCUCAAAGAAGGGGUACUCAAAAAUUCUGUGGUAGUAUUGUGUGGUUUUGGAGAUCCCUCAAAGAUGGGGAUCUGGGCAAGUUCAAAUCGGGAAAAUCCAGUUUCCAUAGACCUGACCGGCCAGCCAGACCUGCUCAGAACAUCUGGUUGUCUGGCUUGUGUGCGAAGGCCAAUUUGUUGCUCAUGCACCCAGAUUCAGAAAUUCCAGGACUAUUCAGCCUCUAAACAUGCUGAUUCUCUCGAUUUUGCGCGUUCCAUUACACAAACAUAUGGAAAGAUUGGGGGCCGGGGGGGGGAGGGGGGGGGUUGUUUGGAUGGAAUAUUUGGAUUCAGAUCCGAAUCAAUCCCACCUUUUUCUUCUUUUUUUCGGCUUACGCAUUUUUUUAAAUUGCUUCUCAAACUUCUUUUUAAGAUCGGGUAACAUAUGAGAUCUCUUUGCCUGCAGUUGUAUCGGCGAUACCCAAAUUUACGUGUUUACUCCUAUGGAACACUUCCAUGUGUGGACAGAAUUGUGGCCGAUGCUUGCUCAGAAUUUGUGACCAGGUAGCUGAGAUUCAAUUUAUUUUUUUUUACACGACGACAAUCCCUUUUUUAACCUUCUCUCGUCUUUCCAGCGUUGUAUACAAUGAUGAGUUUUCUGCACGCCUAUCAGUCAACUCUAUUAUUAGACUUCGCGCUGCAGCAAUGACAGCUCUUUCUGAAAAUUCUUCACCCGACUCUGCAAUGAUACAUAAAGUAGUCAGACGGAUUUUGCAGUCAAACAGAGCCCAAGGAAAUGGAGAUAAUGAGAACGUUUCGUCGAGCUCUCAUCAACCCGCUAAAACAGUACACGAGAACAGUAAUCAGAGAAGUAGGAGGAAGCGCAUUAAAUUUACUGUUAAAGGUGGGGUUUUUCUCUGCAGUCAUGCACUUACCUGCUUGCUGUAUAUGCCUUCCCAUAGCCCUUGCAAAACUCUGAGGAAUGAUGUCCGUAUGCUUGAGUCUAAUGGCGUGUCUGAUUUAGGAGGUUGUACAUUCAAUGCAGGGAGUGGUGGGCACAAUCAUGAUUUUCUGCAUCGGGAGGAAAGUCACUUAAUUGAUGGAGAUUGUUCUAGGGCUCUGGAGGAUUUUAAUGACGAAGACGUUUUGGAGCAGGCAGAUGGUGGCAAUGGAUCUGAUGGGUUGAACCCUUAUGAGGAUCAUGCUCUGGAUCACAUCCGAUCACCCGUCAAGGUGUCUUUAGGGGAAACUGCAGAAAUGUUUCUUCCUGGUCUCAUUAUUCACAUAGUACCCGAACAAGGAAGGUCACUGUCUUUGUGGAGCUGGAGGAUCCAGCAUAGCCAGAAUGGGUAUCGAGCUCUCCUUGCAGACAGGGAAGAUUUUAAAGACAUUGCUGUCACACCAUAUAUGUUCCUCGAUCAUCUGCCUUGGAGGUACCAAUGCUAAUUUCGCUCUAAUAAUAGUAUUUGAUGUGAAAUGUUGGUCAUAUGCACACCGGAAUUAGCUUAAACGGCCUUAUUAAUGUUCUAGAAAGAAAUCAACAAUGCUCUACGAUUCUUUCCUCCCUCCUUAGUUUCCUUAUAAUAGCUGAUAUUCUUACCAAAUCACUUGGCAUUCUUUCUGACCCACUACACGUCCCUCCUUUUUCUGGUCUGCUUCCAGGUGCUACGACGCAAUGCACAAAGCUCUUGAGACAAAGAGGAGCAAAGACCGGCUUGAUGCUAACUUGUUGAACGGGGAAAACAUAGUCUAG